GAAAAAAAGACUGAUAUGAAGAAAUAAAAAAUCAAAAAAGAAAUGUGAAAACAGAGCAUUAAAGACUUUCAUGGCGAACAAAAGUCCGAUACGAAAGGAGGGGAAUCAGGACUCCUUUGCCCCAGAAAAGCUUGGAUCAAAAUGCUGAUAGUGGAAAAGACAACGGACUACCCUUCCACAGAGUUCUCGUUGGUGGAAGAUGUUGCUCUGCACUUCACCUGCUUGAUGGACAGACUAAACGAGCAGCGCCUGUUUCAGCCCAACCUCUGUGAUGUAGACAUAGUGCUCGUGCGGCACAAGAACACCUUCCCGGCCCACAAGGGCGUGCUGGCAGCCUACAGCCAGUUCUUCCACUCUCUAUUCGCCCAGAACAAGCAGCUCCAGCGGGUGGACCUGUCCCUGGAGGCCCUCACCUCGCAGGGCUUGCAGCAGAUCCUCAACUUCAUCUACACUUCCAAGUUGCUGGUGAACGCCUGCAACGUGCGGGACGUGCUCAACGCCGCGGCCGUGCUCCAGAUGAGCGACAUCGCCAGCUCCUGCCAAGAGCUCAUCAGCAACCGCUCUCUCGGCCUCGAACUGGCCAUGGCCAAGCAGGACGGCUGCGGGAACCCUGCCCCCUCCCAGUUUUACCGGGAGAUCAAGCAGGAAAUGGACCCGGCCCACGCCAAGAUCUACGCCCGCGAGGGGAUCGGCCCCUACUCGGUGCGCGUGGAGGACGGCUUGGCGAAGUCGCACCACGCCAGCGCGCAGGCCAAGUUCUUCAAGAAGGAGGAGGGUGAUGGAGGCGGGGCUAGGGGCGGUGGACGGGGAGUGUGCAAGAUGGAAGGCAGCGUGGAGGAAGCCGAAGACUCGGACGACCAUGCCUCCUUCAACCGGGAGCAGAUCAUCGUGGAGGUAAACCUCAACAACCAGACCCUGAAUGUAUCUAAGGGCAAGGAGGGGAAGCCGUCCCCCGCAGAGACCACUGCUGUACUGGCCCAUUGUCACAGUGAGGAACAGGAUAGUGAGGAAGAGGAGGAGGACGAAGAAGAGGAAGAAGACAAUGAGGAGGAUGAUGAAGAUGCAGAUGUAGGGGAAGAGGAAGAGGAGGAAAAGGACAGCAGUGAAGAGGGUGAAGAGGACGGGGGGGAGGAGAGGGGGGACAACCACACCAUUCCAGAGCAGGAAGAACGGGCGGCGAGGCCCCGUCGGGGCACCAGGGGCUCUUUGGACACCAUGACAGCCAUCUCCACCAGGCAGACCCUGAGCACCUCCACUAGGGCCUGCAAGGGCCGCGGACGCAAAAGGAAGAAGGACCCGGAAAGCCUGGGCCAGAAGGUAAAGCUGGAGGAGAAGCCGCACUUCCCGUGCGAGAAGUGCCCGCGCGUCUUCAACAACCGCUGGUACCUGGAGAAGCACAUGAACGUCACGCACAACCGCAUGCAGAUCUGCGACAAGUGCGGCAAGCGCUUCCUGCUGGAGAGCGAGCUGCUGCUGCACCACCAGACCGACUGUGAGAAGGCCAUCCAGUGUGUUACCUGUGGCAAAGGCUUCAAGAAGCUAUGGUCCCUCCAUGAACAUAAUAAAAUAGUCCACGGCUAUGCCGAAAAGAAGUUCUCUUGCGAGAUCUGUGAGAAAAAGUUCUACACUAUGGCUCACGUCAGAAAGCAUAUGGUCGCCCACACCAAGGACAUGCCGUUCACAUGUGAGACGUGCGGGAAGUCCUUCAAGCGCAGCAUGUCCCUGAAGGUACACUCCCUCCAGCAUUCCGGAGAGAAGCCCUUCAAGUGCGAGAACUGCAGUGAGAGGUUCCAGUAUAAGUACCAGCUGCGUUCACACAUGAGCAUCCAUAUCGGACACAAGCAGUUCAUGUGCCAGUGGUGUGGAAAGGACUUCAACAUGAAGCAGUACUUUGACGAGCACAUGAAGACACACACCGGGGAGAAGCCGUACAUAUGUGAGAUCUGUGGGAAGAGCUUCACCAGCCGUCCGAACAUGAAGCGUCACCGCCGAACGCACACCGGCGAGAAGCCCUACCCUUGUGACAUCUGCGGCCAGCGUUUCCGCUUCUCCAACAUGCUCAAGGCCCACAAGGAGAAGUGCUUCCGGGUCAGCAACCCCAUGAUUCCAGAGGUCAACCCGCUGAGCCUCGACCCCGCCACCCCGGCUGGCGACGCGACAGCCAAUCAGGUGGCGGUGGGUGAGAGCAUGUCCGGUGGCCACUCCCACCACACUGCCCUCUCUCUCCCCUUGUUCCACUCGAUGGGGGGGCUUCCUCCACCCACCCAACUGCCCCCGCCCCCUCCCCUUUUCCCAGCAGCAAGGAUAAACUCCAACAACAAUUAA